AUGUAUUUAUAAUCAUUGUAUGGUGAAGUUUGUUCGGAUCCUAUUCAAUGCUCUCAUAUGCUCACUGGCGCUAAUUGUAAUGGAAUUUGUCAAUGUGCUGAAGGAUUGACUUAUGUUCGUGGACGAUGUCGUCAAUUAGUUAAUCUAAACGAACCUUGCCGUGAUGAAAUUGAUUGCUUUUUCGGUUAUAAUCGUGAUUCUGUAGAGUGUCGAGAUGGUAAAUGUCAAUGCGCUGAAGGUUUUUACCAAAGAUUCACUAAUGUUUGUCGAAGGGAAUCGCUCAAUGGUGAACCAUGCAUUGUGAAUGCUGAUUGCGUUGAAACGGAUUCAUCAUGUAAUAAUUACGUUUGCACAACAUCUGUCGGCACACAAACUUUGUCAUUGAGAAAUGCGGGUGUUCAAACUUCUCCAAGUCUGGAUAGUCUCACCGAUAGUCUACCGGAAUUAGAAAAAUCCAAUUAUUUCCCUUACAAACGAAAUAUACGAAGUUAUUUCAAAUACACUAAAUUAGAAAAUGUUGACGACACCGGUAAGAAAUUCUCGAGCAUUGAUGAUGAAAGUACUCAAUUCGGAGAUUCGUGCGAAUCUGAAAACAAGCCUUGCACCGGACUUAAAUAUUCAAUGUGCCGUAGAGGUUUCUGUCAAUGUCAAGAUAGAUUUUACCACAAGGAUGGAAUUUGUAAAGCAGAACUUGGAGAACAUGUCGAUGCUAAUACUUAUUGUGGAAGUGGAACUUUCCGAAAUAAUAAGUGUGUUUGUCGUAAUGACGAAUUCUACCAACCAAACAUGCGAAGUUGUAUAAAAUCUGCUUCGGGUAUCAACACGUCAUGUACUCAACCCAGUCAAUGUACACCUUAUGGAGCUGCUUUCUGCCCAACAUUACAACCAAGAAGAUGCCAGUGCUAUGAUUACGCAAGGUACAACGCAGCGACUGAGCUUUGUGAAUUAAAAGAAGGUCUCGGCGAAUAUUGUGAGACGAAUAAAAAUUGUAAAGUUGAAAAUACCGUCUGCACGACAAAAAACACAUGCGAAUGCAAACAAAACUUUGUUGCACAAAAUGAAAGUGAAUGUAAGCCAAGUUUUGGAGCGGAAUGUGAAGUAACAGAAGAUUGUGCCUUUGAAAAUGCUGAAUGUAAAUUGGAAGUUGUUGAUGAGAUAACAUCAACAGUGACAUCAACAAUAGAAAAAUAUCAGUGCAAGGAAGAUUUUGUCGGGGUUGGUGAGAAAUGUCUUGAAAAAGCUAAAAGUUACAACGAUACGUGCACAGAGAAUGAUCAAUGUAAGCCUCUUUUAGGAGAUAAAGCAACAUGUAAUGAGAGCAAAUGCAAUUGCGACGAAUCGCUUCACUUAAAAAACGGACAAUGCAAUGACAAAAAAGAGUUAAAUGAAGUUUGCAGCAAAUCUACCGAAUGUUUUUUUCCUAAUGAUCCUGAAGCCGUUGAAUGUCGUAAUGGCGUCUGCAAAUGUAAAUUCGAUUAUUCCCCUGAUUCAAACCAAAACCGUUGUGUCCGCCCGCGAGAUAAAAAUUCUUCCAAAAGCACGUCGCCAUUAAAAGUCGUCACUUUGAUGUUAAUAGCAUCAGCAGUUGUGAUAACAGGUUCCGCUUUGAGAGAUGCUUACUAUCCUUAAAGUAGCCGUGCCGUUAAAAUUCUGUCAGCUUUCGAAAAGCAAUAAUUACAUAGGUGCAAUCAAGUUGUUAAUGAAUUGAUACAUAAUUUAAUAAUCGCAAAAAAACUAAUGUAAUUAAAUAAUUAACAACACUGAAGCACGUGUUUAAGUUUUUACAAUUUUCCGUUUCGUUAUGUUUAUAAAGAGUAGGAAAAACUUUGACUCACUAUUGAAUUCGUUAUGAAGUUAAAAAAAAAUAAAUUUCUAGAUGUUAAU